AUGGGUAUGCGUAUUGACAUCAAAAAGAAACUCUUGGCGCGGACGAAGCGUGUAAAGUCCGUCGACAUGCACCCGACCGAGCCGUGGGUGCUGGCGUCACUGUACGACGGAAAGACACAGGUCAAGAGCUUUGAGAUCAUCACGGGCUCGGACGACAUGCAGUUGAAUGUGUACAACUACAACACGCACGAGCGCGUGGUGUCGUUUGACGCGCACCAGGACUACAUCCGCUGCAUCGCCGUGCACCCGACGCUGCCGUACGUGCUGACUGGCUCGGACGACAACUCGAUCAAGCUGUGGGACUGGGAGAAGAACUGGAAGUGCGUGCAGGUGUUCGAGGGGCACACGUACUUUGUCAUGGGCCUGUCGAUCAACCCCAAGGACACCAACACAUUCGCGUCUGCCAGCCUGGACAAGACUAUCAAGGUGUGGAACCUGGGGUCCUCCGUGGCCAACUUUACGCUCGAGGGCCACACCAAGGGCGUCAACUCAGUCGACUACUACCACGGCUCGGACAAGCCAUACCUGGUCAGUGGUGCCGACGACUUCUUGGUCAAAGUCUGGGACUACCAAAACAACUCGUGCGUUCAGACGCUCGAGGGCCAUACGAUGAAUGUGUCUGCAGUGGCAUACCACCCGUCUCAACCCGUUAUCCUGACCACCAGCGAGGACGGAACCUACCGCGUAUGGAACUCGAGCACGUACCACCUGGAAUCGACGCUCAAUUAUGACAUAUACUGCGUGUGGGCCAUCGGCUACGGCACUAGCAAAAACACGGUCGCCAUUGGCCACGAGGACGGUGUCGUGGUAAUUUCGCUGGACCGCGACGAUCCGGCCGUUAACAUGGAUACAAGCGAGCAGACUAUCCAAUCCGAGCACAACGAGAUCCGCCUAAAGAAAAUCACGUUUUAUUAA